AUGGCCACAGCCACAGCCACAGCCACAGCCACCGCCACCACAAAGGCAAUCCUUCCGCUUCACCACCGCCCUACUGCCGCCACCAAAAAUGGGCUCUCCAUAUCAAUCCGUGCCUAUCAAGACGAUUUCAAACUCGAAUCUCAGCAGAAUCAAAAACCUUCCAACAAGGCAAUUAAACUAGCUGAAUCAUUGUCAAACAUGUUAUAUCUACACAUCGAAAGAAACCUCUAUCAUCAUACCUCGAACGUACCAAGAAUUGAAGAUAAGCAUAAUACUCCAACCAUGUCUCCUAAGGAAGAUAUAUCGAAAAAAUGGCAAGAAAUCCACGGUUCUAAUGACUGGAAUAAUCUUCUUGAUCCACUUCAUCCUUGGCUUAGAAGAGAAGUAGUCAAAUAUGGAGAAUUUGCACAAGCAACCUACGAUGCAUUCGACUUCGAUUCGUUCUCGGAGUAUUGCGGUAGCUGUCGGUACAAUCGUCAAAAACUUUUCGAGAAAUUAGGCCUUACGAAAAGUGGUUAUAAGGUCACAAAAUACGUAUACGCCAUGUCACAAAUAGAUUUGCCUCAAUGGUUAGAAAGAUCAAGAUUUGUCGAUACAUGGAGCAAAGAUUCGAACUGGAUGGGGUUCGUGGCCGUGAGCGAUGAUGAAGAAACAUGUCGAAUUGGACGACGUGACAUAGUCGUGGCAUGGCGUGGUACGGUUGCACCCUCAGAAUGGUACGACAAUAUGCAGAGGAAACUAGAGCCAAUUGGGCAAGGGGAAGCAAAAGUGGAACAUGGGUUUCUUAGUAUUUACUCAUCUAAGAGUGAGUCCACUAGGUACAAUAAGUCUAGUGCCUCAGAACAAGUCAUGAGAGAAGUUAAGAAAUUAGUGAAUUACUACAAGGGAAGAGGUGAAGAAGUUAGCCUAACAAUCACUGGCCAUAGUCUAGGGGGUGCAUUGGCAAUUCUCAAUGCAUACGAAGCUGCGAAAAACUUCCCCGGUCUCCCAGUCAGCGUAAUAUCAUUUGCAGCACCCCGAGUGGGUAACAUUGCCUUCCGGGACGAACUUUAUCAAAUGGGCGUUAAGACUUUACGCGUGACAAUAAAACAGGACGUUGUCCCAAGAAUGCCAGGCAUAGUCUUCAACGAGAGUCUACAAAAGUUUGAUGAUUUCACGGGUUCACUGGAGUGGAUAUACACACACGUUGGAGUAGAAUUAAAGCUUGAUAUAAGAUCAUCUCCAUAUCUAAAGAAAGGGUUGAAUUUGGUGGGAAUUCAUAUGCUCGAAACAUAUCUUCAUUUAGUUGAUGGAUUUCUCGAUAGCAAGACGACGUUUAGAUCAGAUGCUAAAAGGGAUGUUGUAUUGGUGAAUAAAGAAUGUGACAUGCUUGUGGAUGAAUUGAAAAUUCCUCAAAAUUGGUACCAAAUGGAAAAUAAGGGGCUUGAACGUAAUUCCCAUGGUAGGUGGGUGAAACCUACUAGGGAUCCAGAGGAUAUACCCUCACCAAUAGUUGAAUCAUACAAUAAUGUACUUGAAAUGGAGGAUAGUUGUGGGCUUGAAUCCUUGUUUAGUAUUUGA